AUGGGCUUGUGUUUUCUCCCAGGGACCGCACACGUUCAAAACACCACCAGUCGGAUUUACUGGACUAUAGUGCUAGUGGAUUUCUGGAUAGCCUUACCUACUUGCAGCUUUCCAGAGAGCGAGCUGGACGCGUACCUGUGCCGGAGCGAGCUGCAGAGACUGGAACUAGAAGCGACGACGGAGCUGCCACGAGGACCCCACACACCUACCUUCGAAGAAUUCUUCGACCCCAGGCCGUCGUUCCCUCGACCGGAGGACGACGUCUUCCUCAAACCUCAGCCCCUCUGGGAGGACAUCACCUCCAGUAUACAGAAGCUCGACCCUGAAAACGCCGAAAUGCUCGCUUCCGUUACGCAAGUCAAGAUGGAGUUCACGGACGACCAGGUUAGUAAAUCCUUAUAG